CAUUGCCUCUUUCCUCUCUCCUUCUCUCUCUACCUAAAGAACAUGGCCUCGGCCUCGCCCCCGCCCCCAACGAAACUUCUUACCCUUCCACCUUAAGCUUCUCCUUCUCCUCCUCCCCAGCAAGACCAGUCCUAUACAUGGAUCCCUCGGAGUCCCGGCCGUCGCCGCGGCGUGAGCUGCAGGGCCCGCGACCUGCUCCUCUCAGGGUCAGCAAGGACUCCUACAAGAUCAAGAAGCCCCCCGUGGCGCCGUCCCACCACUCCCAACCCCCGGCGGAUCUGCCGCCUCGGCCACCCCCGCAGCAGCACCGGGACCCGGUCAUCAUCUACGCCGUCUCGCCCAAGAUCAUCCACACCGAUCCCAGCGAGUUCAUGACGCUGGUCCAACGACUCACCGGCUCCAACUCCGGCUCCCAGUUCCCGCCACCGCCGUCGCCGCCCGGCGGCGCGCUCUCUCCCGCCGCCCGCAUCGCCUCGUUCGAAAAGGCGACGUCGUCGCCACGAGCGGCUUCCGUGGACCAGUGGGAAAUCGACCGGCCUGCUUCCUUCCCGGGGAUCCUGUCGCCGGUUCCGGCGUCGCUCCCCCCGAUAUCUCCCAACCUCUUCUCUCCCUCGUUCGACCCGAGUGUGCUCAGCUUCUUGCAUGACCUGAGUCCAGCUUUCGCCACCACCAUCAACAGCGGCAAUCGGAGCUUCUUCGAUGGAGGAAGCAACUACUCGUCCAGUCCUGCUACCAACUUGCUGUCAACUCCUACUCUUCCUUCUCCCGGAGCUUUCUGGGAUCUGAUGAGCCAAUUCCCAGAUAUGUAGAUGAAGACAAGCUGAAGGGAGGCACGGAAGAAGAAGGUGAAGGGAUGGCCAUCAUUGGACUAAUCUGUGCCAGAGCUGACUUUUUGGCCUCUGUUUACCUCCUCCUCUUUCACAGGUUGGUCACUUGAUCUUGAUCUCCACACAGGGUUCGAUCAUAGGGAUUUGAUCUCCUGACCACCAUUGGAUGAGUUCUUGAUGGUGGUCACUCCUUGGACCAUGGAAUUCUGCAGUCCAAGCAGCUACCAUAGAAUUAAUCUCUUGUGUUAUUUUAUUCAUUCUUUUCUCUUGUGAUGCAUAGCCUUCUGACACUGAUAAAA